UCUAAAAGAUAAGGGCAUACGCAUAUUUAAAAAACAAAAACAUUAAUAACAGAUAAACUACAUACGCAGGAUAACCGACUUGGAUUUGAUAUUCGCGCUGAUAUCAUGAUUGUAUUACGUUUGGAUAGUGUUAUUGCUUUCCUUGUAGCAAGUUUUAAUAUUGCAGCUGCAUGCACGUAUGGCGAGUAUGACAAAUGCCCAAAUUGGGAUCCAUGUUCUAAAAGUUGUGCAGGAGGUCGACAGUGUAGAACAUGCGAGUCAUGUGCAUGGAGCAUUGACAAACGGUUUUGUCAAAACUGCAACGAAUUUUGUUACAACGGUCAUUCAUUCUACAAUGGCAGAUGUCAAUGUCCGGGUUGGAGAUCGGGAGAAUGUUGUGAAGUCUGCAGACAUAUCUACAUCCCGUAUUGCGUAACUGGACAGCAGCAAUGUGGCGGGUCCCCUGAUGGGAUAAUGUGUACUCAGUGCGAGCCUGGAUAUCAUUCAGGAGGAUAUAACCAAGGCUGCCUAGAAACUGAUGAAUGCGCUGCGGGAACGUCAGGCUGUGCGCAACAAUGUACUAACACCCAAGGGUCAUACGUAUGCAGUUGCUUGCCAGGAUAUUGGUUAUGGACGGACAAACAUGCCUGCAUUGAUACUGAUGAAUGCUCUGCGGGAACGUCAGGCUGUGCGCAACAAUGUACUAACACCCAAGGGUCAUACGUAUGCAGUUGCUUGCCAGGAUAUUGGUUAUGGACGGACAAACAUAACUGCAAUUGUGACAACUGCACGUUCGAAUCUGAUUUCACGUGUGCAUGGACUGACGUCACGUCCGGUGAUGAUUUUGACUGGACACUAACUUAUGGUGCACGGGGUAAAUAUAUGUACAUCGGGACUAGCGGUUCUAGAAAAGUAGGCGAAACAGCUUGGCUGACAAGCCCUAUGCUUCGUCCUACGGCCUUCACGGAAAGAUGCCUUAUGUUCGGGUACAACAUGAACGGGCCAUCCAUUGGGUUAUUGAGCGUGUACAUGACUGCGCAUGGUGAGAAACCCGGAUCUUUACUGUGGAGAAUGUCUGGUGACCAGGGGCAGGAAUGGAAAGGUGCCUCAGUAAACCUGAGCUCUCUGGAGCAGUAUCAGGUCAUUAUUGAGGCGGUAGUUGGCAACAGCUAUUUCGGAGACAUUGCCAUUGAUGACGUUACAAUUCUCCCGAGAGCUUGUCAACAGGAGAAGGGAUUGCUGAUUGGCUGAGAGUCCUAAUUUCAAAUUGUUAAAGAACAAUCGUUCUAUUACGUCAUUCUUUCGUUUUUUUAUUGCUUGAUAUUCAUCCAAAACAUAUAAACAUUGAAGUCGAAAAAUCAUCAAAUGAAAACUAAGACAGACAUCGUUUCAUAGUAAUGUUAAUUUAAUGAAUAUUUAUGAUGCAAAACACGAUUAUAGCACGGAAACUGAAUACAUAACUAUUGUUGUAUUACAUGUACCUUGUUGAAAUGUUUUUAAUUACCUGUACUUCAACUUCACUUGUGAAAACCUUUUGGAAAUUCACGCUUAGAAGAACCAAUAAUUGGCGAGUAAUUGAGAAUGCCAGAACUCGGAUGUUGUAUGGAAAAGUUUUGUCCUAAGUAUUAUGCUUUACAGCACUGUGGCAAAUCUCAUUUGACUAGUCAUUGUAAAAUGUCCAUAUACUUAGCUUGCGACGUUUUAUUUUAUUUUUAUAUCUGACGUGACCAGUCUGUCAAUUUUGUCCAUUUAACAAAAGUUAUGUCACAGUGAAUCAUUUUGUACUAUCGCUUUUGCGUCGAGCUAAACAUAGAACGCAUGAAAACCAAAUUAAAGCAACGAGAAGCUUAAAUGUGCAGGCCUUUAAUCGAUUUCCAAUGGACGCGUAUGGGGAAACUGGAAACGUCCUAACACCCCAGUAAAUUUUAACAGGCAUUAUAUACAACAAAUUGUAUUCUUAUUAAUGAAAUCCUACUUUAACUGAGGAUUAUUCUCUUUAUUCAGAAAACUGAUAUGUUGUAAGCACAUUAUUUUCUUAUACAUGCCAAUUUUAUGUAAUAAAAGGUGCAGCCUAUA